AUGCGGUCGCCGGCGCUGCCGCAGCUCUUGGUGGGGCCGCUGCUGGUGUUGCUGGUGCUGCUGGACGCCGCCCGCUGCGCGGAGGCUGCGGCCCCUCGCCCCCGGGACGCCGCCACCGCUUCCCCACGCUCCACGGAGGCGGCCGGCGGGGCCUCCACGCGGAGCAGCAGCAACAGUAGUAGCAGCAGCAGCCGCCUGGCCGAGGUGUCGGCGCCGCCCGAGCAGGGCCAGCCCAUGACCCAGCGCGCCCUGUCCGUGCUGGUUCUGGCCAGCGCCGCCCUCAUCGUCUACUUCGUGAUCCGGACCGUGCGGCUCAGAAGGCAAAAUAGAAAAACCCGAAGAUAUGGAGUUUUGGAUAUGAACAUAGAAAACAUGGAGCUGACCCCAUUAGAACAAGAUGAUGAUGAUGAUGAUGAUGAUACAACACUGUUUGAUGCCAGCCAUCCUCGAAGGAUUUUUCUUGUUUACUGGAGGAUGGAGAAAAUUAAUAAAUAACCUUUCAUUGUACUGUUUUCCUUACACAUUUGCAUGAUUUAAGUAAUAUUCCAGUUUUCAAGUGUUUUUCUACAUAAAUAGUGACUACUUUUUCCCUAGUUUUAUUUCAAGACACCCACACCAAUUGUGUCUUAGGCCUUCAAAUGAAAAAAAUCAAAUCAAUUUUCACAGAAACACCAGAAGUUCUUAUUCUCACUCUACAGUUAAGGCACCAAGACCAUGAGAAAUUAAAUUUUUACUGGUUUUCGUAAGUUUUCUUCAGUUAAAACAGCUAGAGAUGAUUUUCCAGGGUGUUGAAGCAUUUCAUAUGUUCUGUGUAUAUGCUGGUUUUUUUAUUUUUGUGUUGUAUGAGUUUUUAUAGGCCCAGAAUCCUAAUUUGAUUGAUCAGCAAAUGAGAACUACAUUAUGAAUGGCAAAGUGGACAAAUUUUGAGUUAAAAGAUUUCUUUUAAGACAUCACUUGGAGACUCAGUGGCAAAUCUUGGAGUGGAAUCAGUUUCU